AGUUGACCCAGGAGGAUCAACAGACGACGCAGUUCCACAUAUUAUGAGGAAAGAGCUGAGCGGUGGCGGAAAUGAAGCAGAAGCAGAAAACAUGGGCCCACUGACGCAGAUGUCAUCGGAGCAGAAAACGAUCGAAAAACUGAUGCUGAUUAUAGACGGCCAGGCGAGGCAGAUUCGAGACCUAAUGGAGACCAUCAAGGACCAGACAGCCAAAAUUGACAGCCUGACCGCCCAGGUGGUGGAGUAACACAGUCCAAC